AUGGAAGAAACUGAACUCUGCUUUCCACAACUCCUCAACUCAUCCUGUGUGCGGCAAAAGCGCCCACAAAUUGAGGCUGUGUGUAUUUACACCCUGCUAUCAUCUAUCUCUCUGCUUACUGCAGUACUGAACCUACUUGUCAUCAUCUCCAUCGCCCACUUCAAGCAGCUGCACACCCCAACCAACCUCCUCCUCCUCUCUCUGGCCGUCUCAGAUUUCUUUGUGGGCCUCAUCAUGGCUUGUCAGAUUAGUCUCCUAGAUGGCUGCUGGUUUCUUGGUGACCACAUGUGUGCUCUGUAUAGCAGUUUAGAUUACAUUGCUACUUCUGCUUCAGUAGGAACUAUGGUACUCAUAUCAGCUGACCGCUAUGUAGCCAUUUGUGACCCUCUGCAUUAUCCCCCCAAAAUUACUAUAAAAAGAGUCUCACUCUUGCUGUUCUAUUUUAACUCUUGUCUGAACCCGUUAAUCUACACUUUUUGCUACCCCUGGUUUCUGAAAUCUAUUAAGCUCAUUGUGACAUUUAAGAUAUUUAGGCAUUGCUCCAGUAAGGCCAGUAUACUAUAG